AUCAUGGUCUCUACGAUAGGUACAUUUCCCUACGAAGUCAAAGAUGAUCAUUUCUACUUUGCAUUUAUAAAACACAGUUUCUUCGCGUGUGGAUCAAUAUAUGUGGAUGAAUUCAUCUGAAAAUCUGUCGUCAACUCAACUUCGCUCGUUGUACUGUCCGUUGCAUUAGAUUGUGCCCCCGGGAUCCCUUUUGAAGGGGAAUUGUGCCUUGAUCCUUCGCUGCUACCUUUCUAACGGGAUUCAUUUUGCCCCGGCUAUAUGAUAACCACAGCAUGGAAUGAGGCUGGAUAUUUGAAUUGAUCGAAACAGCGAAUUGCACUGUACUGCAGUAGAGAUGACAAGAACAUAGGAGGAAUUGAACAAACAUUUAAGGUGUGGUAGCCGUGCUCUCCCAGGAUGCCGUUGGUGAAGAGGAGUAUCGAGCCCAGGCACCUGUGCCACACAGUGCUGCCACGGGCCAUUAAGAAUGAGCUGGAGUGUGUGACCAAUGUGUCCCUAGCUAACGUCAUACGACAGCUCAGCAGCCUCAGUAAGUAUGCAGAGGACCUGUUUGGGGAGCUAUUCAACGAGGCCCACUCCUUCUCCUUCCGGGUCAACUCCCUACAGGAGCGCGUGGACCGCCUCUCGAUCAGCGUCACACAGCUAGAUCCUAAAGAGGAGGAGCUAUCUCUCCAGGACAUCACUAUGAGGAAGGCGUUUAGGAGCUCAACCAUCCAGGACCAGCAGCUGUUUGCCCGCCAGUCGCUGCCCAUCCCCCUGCAAGAGACCUUCGACCUCUGCGAGCAGCCGCCACCCCUCAACAUCCUCACACCCUACAGGGAUGAUGGUAAGGAGGGGCUGAAGUUCUACACCAACCCCUCCUACUUCUUUGACCUGUGGAGAGAGAAGAUGCUGCAGGACACAGAGGACAAGAGGAAGGAGAAGAGGAAACAGAAGUUGCAGGACCCCCACCUGUAUGAUCAGGUCUAUAGGUACUUAGACCUCCCAGGACAGGUUAGGGGAAACGACCGUACUCUGGAGACUGAGAAGAUCCCACGGGCGCCUCACGACCGGAAGAAGGAGUGGCAGAAACUGGCGCUCGGGGCGGAGCUAGCUGAGGACGACCCUGAAGAGGCCCUGAAACACAGAGAGCCUAAUGGCUCCGCUCCCUACCACGACAGGUCUGGAGCUCCUAGUUACUUGGAUGGGAUGGACGGGCCAUUCUCCCUAGCAGCGCUGCCCUACAGCCAGAUGAAUGAGCUGCUGAACCGCCCUGGGGACAGAAUGUACACACGACCCCACGACCCCCCACCACCACCCCCUAUGCACCAACUGGGAGACAUCAAACCCCCCUCCAUGAUCAGCUCCAGUUCAGGUUUUUCAGACAGCAGACCUCAAUCUCCAGCACAGACUCACGGCUUCAACUCCAACACACCUCCCCCUCCGCCACCUCCCUUGCCCCCUCCACCUCCUCCCUUGCCUUCCAUGUCUGGUUUUGGCCCUCGGGGCACCCCUCCUCCUCCUAUUCCUCCUCUACCCGUCCAGCAGCAGCCCCCGGCCAUCCCCUCCCCUGCACCUCUCCAGAUCGCCCCUGGCGUCCUCCACCCUGCCCCUCCCCCAGUGGCACCUCCCCUCCACAUCUCCUCCCCAGCCCGUCUCCAGCAGGUCCUGGACAGGGGCCCGACCCCUGGCCAAUCAGAUGGCACCGUGCUGCCUCCUCCCCCCUCCCCACCCCUCCCAGGAGUACGGAGCUCCUCCCCCUGCCCGCCGGGCCCACCCCCCGUGCCUUCCUUCCUGUCAGGUGCCAUGGCGUCCCCGCUCUCUCACUCCGGGGGGAAGAAACACUCCGCCAACCUGCCGCCCAUCAGCGAUGCACGCAGUGUCCUAUUGGAGGCCAUCCGCAAAGGUAUCCAGCUCCGGAAGGUGGAGGAGCAAAGAGAGCAGGAGGCAGCCAAACACGAGCGUGUUGGGAACGACGUGGCCACCAUCCUGUCCCGACGCAUCGCCGUCGAGUACUCCGACUCAGAGGACGAGUCCGAGUUCGACGAGGGAGACUGGAUGGAGUGAAUGAGAUGGAGGGAGAGGAAAAGAAAAGAGAGGGGGACAAAAGGCAAAACUGUCACCCAACUGUACCCCCUUUAGAGAUGUCAGAAUCCAUCCUUACAACCACUAUCCUCUGUCAGUCCUGUUUUAAUCCCUCACCUGUCAUCCUCUACAUCUCUCUCUCUCUCGCCCUCUUGCUCUCUCUAUCCCUCUUUCUUACUCCCCAUUCUUUCUAUCCUCUCUCCCCCUAUUUUUCCUCCAUCUCUCUCUUUUUCUCUCUCUACACCUCCCUCUCUUUCUCUCCCUCUCUACCUCUCUCCCUAUUUCUCUCUCCUCCCCCUCUCUCUCUAUUCUCUCCCAUUCGCUCCCUCUUACAUCUCCCUCUCACUUUAUCUCUCUCCCUUUGUCCCUCUUGUUCUCUGUCAUAUACUGUUCUUGGUGUGUUUGUAGGAAAAUAUCAAUUUCAGUUGUUUGUUCCCCAUGUUCUGGUCGGGAAAUGUUUUUGUACUCAUUUUCUACACUACUACACAUUGUUCAGUGGCUCAUGUUAUUUUCCUUCUUUAUCCUCCAAUUGUAUGAAAUCCUCCUCAUGUACAGUUGUUUAAAAAAUGAACGUUAACCAAACAGUUUUUUUUGUUUCUGAUAACCUUUUAAAGAAAAGCUAUUAACAACCACACAUUUCUCCCCCCUUUGUUUCUUGCUGUUGAGUGUCAACGUGACGAGGUGGCCUGAGUCUUCUGUCCUUAGUUCUGAUACUAUCCUGCCACCUGGUGGGCCAAAGUGGAGGUGAAUUGAUUCUGUAUUUUAUUAUCUCUAUUUUGAGUUUCUUUUCUUACAGAAAAACACUUGCCGUUUUUAAAUGGGCCUGUUUUUGCCAAUAUGAACCAUUUGAAGGAUGGUAGCCAUCCUGAAUAUCAGUCGGUUGUGGUUGUUUGCUGAGGAGAUUUAUUCGUUGUUUGUUUUUAUAUUAUCAGGAUUUGACUUAUCACCUCAGAACAAGGGAAUAUUGUGAUGAUGGUAUGAUAUGUUAUGUGAUGAUUGUUGUAUGAUUGUGAUGAUGAAGAUAAAGAAGGAUAAUUGUGAGACAUUAGAAGGAAGUUAUUGAGUGAUCUGAGCUAAUCUAUGUUCAUCGUUCCCUUAUGUCACCCAAGGACAUGUCUGUCAAGUUUAGGCAAAUGUUUUAUUAUCUGAGUAUGUGUGUCCUCAAAGAGCCACCGUAAUGUAUCUUGGCAGCAAGGAAGUGUGUUAUGAAGUUUGGAGCCAUAUGGUAUACUAUACUAGACUAGUGUCUGACCAACAGGAACCACUUUACAGUAGUGUCUGACCAACAGGAACCACUUUACAGUAGUGUCUGACCAAUAAGAACCUCUUUAUUGUAGUGCUGACCAACAGGAACCACUUUACAGUAGUGUCUGACUAAUAAGAACCUCUUUAUUGUAGUGCUGACCAACAGGAACCACUUUACAGUAGUGUCUGACCAAUAAGAACCUCUUUAUUGUAGUGCUGACCAACAGGAACCACUUUACAGUAGUGUCUGACCAAUAAGAACCUCUUUAUUGUAGUGCUGACCAACAGGAACCACUUUACAGUAGUGUCUGACCAAUAAGAACCACUUUACAGUAGUGUCUGACCAAUAAGAACCUCUUUAUUGUAGUGCUGACCAACAGGAACCACUUUACAGUAGUGUCUGACCAAUAAGAACCACUUUACAGAAUGGAUAUCAAAGGCAGCUUAUUUCCCAGGGUCCCCCACUCUGUGUCUGCUGACUAACAAGAAGCCUUACCUCGUUCGACUCUAGAACACUAACAGUUACUAUGAAGAAUAUAAAUAAAUGAACAGCAUGGGUCUACCUGUGUUUCUGCUGCCCAAGGGGGCGGGACUCUGGAGAGAGAGAAUGAUUUAUCUGCCUUCACUGCCCCCUUUGAAGAAGAUGAUGUCUGCCGUCCUUCUCUUUCUCUCUUCCUUCUUUCUCUCUUUCUACUUUCUCUCUUCCUUCUUUCUCUCUUUCUCUCUCUUCAACUUGCCUUAUUGUUUGUACAGACGUAUUGUUGUGUUCAUGAAUGUAUCGUGCUGUUACUACUUUUUGCCUGCACUCGUAUGGAUUAGCUGUUUCUAUGUUUGGGGACGGGGAAACCGAACCCUGGGUUCAAAAAAUAUCAAACCGUGUAACAUGUAACUUAUGUAAUUGUAACAGUUUGCUUGAAUUAAUAAAAGCUAAUGUUAUGUUUCAGGA